UCUUUUCCCAGAAUGCAACAGCCAACAAAGGAAGAGGGAGAGGAUCGGGCUGUAGCCAAAGUGGCUAGCUAGCACAAAAAGAGGAAGAAAGAAAUGGGAGCUGUCAUGAAAGAUUAAAUAAAUGUUUCACUUAUCAAAUUGGCAAAUACAGAUGAGGAAAAAACAGCCUCGGCUCUUUACGUGCACGAGAUGAUGACAGACUAUGAACAGUGGGUGUUAUUGUAGUAAAGCAGCUCGUGUUCGGGUGAGGGAGCUGUUGCUGGAUUAGCUUAGCAGCUAGCAGCCUAUUAUUAGCACGCUAAUGCUAAAUGCAACCCUCGUCGUCAGAUUUACGGACUCGUUCGACCCAGAUCCAUCUUUCUGAAGUGAGAGAGGGGGAUUCAACUCUGUUUAAAGUGAGUCAGACUUGGAGUCUAUGCGGCUGUCACAUGAAGGAACGACUUGGACCAGAAGACUCAAGAGAUGACGAAGACUUUGGCGUUCACAUGAUUGACGUUCCCAAGUCACAUGGCCGGACUCUGCGGUUAGCAUUCAUCGGUCAGCAGAUAGGACCGUCCCAUGCCCUCACCUGGGGUGUACAAGGAUGAAGAAGAUCAGUCUGAAGACGAUCAGAAAGUCACUGAACAUAAAGGGCAAAGAAGAUGGGGAUUUUGUCAUGCUUCAGCAGCCAUCUUUAGCGGCUGAGUUCACCAAGGAUGACUCUCUCUUUGGAGGCUGUUACACCAAAGGGCUGGUAGGUUGUGAUCUUAAUGGGGAGGAUGAGAAGGGUCAUAAGAACCGAUCGAAGAGCGAGAGUCUUAUGGGCACUCUAAAGAGGAGACUGUCUACCAAACAGAAAGCGAAAGUCAAAGGAGGGUCCGCUGCAGUAGGCUCUGGAGAUGAUGAUGACACUUUCUCUUCCUCGUCGGUCCCGAUAAGCUUUAAUGAAGUCAAAGCCCAGCGGCCCUUAAGAUCCUCAUCCCUCCGAAGCCAUCAUUACAGCCCUUCUCCGUGGCCUUUCCGGCCCGUCAGCUCCGAGGAGGCUUGCAUCAAGAUGGAGGUGAAGGUCAAAGCUAUGGUCCACUCCCCCAACCCCAGUCCCUCCCUCAAUGGCAUCAGAAAAGAGUUCCAUGACAUCCAAUUAGAAGGUCUGUUCCAGGAUCAGAGCGAGUCUCUGAAGGACAUGGAGACUCAAAGUGGCAACUUGCAUUUGAACAUUGAGGAUCACGUGCCUAUUGGACUUACACCUCAGGACUACAUCCAGUACACAAUGCCUUUAGAUGAGGGAAUGUACCCAGAUUCGUCCCAGUCCUUCUGCUUAGAUGGCCCCUCACCAAUGGAAGUGGUUGAUCAGGUUGAAUCUGAUUCGCUGCACGUGGACCAGGGCCCAGAUGACCACGAUCUCAUGCCGCCGGAAAUUCUCAUGGAGCAGGCGGUGAACGGACACCUUCCCGGUACUCCGGCGAUGGUCCUUUCCAAUUCCAGAGCUGACACACCUUUAUUUUCUCCUUCACUAUCACCUCUUUCCACCAACGAUAUUCCAAGGACCCUCUCCAGGUUCAGUGGUGCAGACUCUCAUGUUGUCGAGAGAGUAAGGCAUCACCUGAACUUUGACCCCAAUUCCGCUCCCGGUGUUAGCAGGGUGUACGAUUCUUUUCAAACCAGCGGACCCAUGGUUGUAACAAGCCUUACGGAGGAACUUAAAAAACUGGCCAAGCAGGGUUGGUACUGGGGACCUAUAACGCGAUGGGAGGCAGAGGAGAAGCUCAUCAACCUUCCAGAUGGUUCUUUUUUGGUGAGGGACAGUUCAGACGAUCGCUAUCUCCUCAGCUUGAGCUUUCGGUCACAGGGAAAGACGCUUCACACCAGGAUCGAACACUCGAAUGGCAGAUUUAGCUUUUACGAGCAGCCCGACAUAGAAGGUCACACUUCCAUUGUAGAUCUCAUCGAGCACUCUAUAAAAGACUCAGAAAAUGGCGCGUUCUGUUACUCCAGAUCCCGCCUGCCGGGGUCCGCCACGUACCCAGUUCGGUUGACCAAUCCCGUUUCGCGGUUCAUGCAAGUCCGUUCGCUGCAAUAUCUUUGCCGCUUCGUCAUCCGACAGUACACACGGAUAGAUCUGAUUCAGAAACUGCCUUUACCAAACAAAAUGAAAGAUUAUUUGCAGGAGAAGCACUACUGAACGGACUGUAGUGGGAUAUGGUAGUAAAUUGCACUUUUUGUUGAGUGACGCAUUCUUAAAACAGUUUACAUAUAUGGAGGUCAAGUGAUCAGUUGCAUAAGCUGACUAUCCGAUCUUCCCACAGAAAUGAACAGUAAAUUUGUUGUUGCUCAGAUUCAGUGUUUUACAUUUCGCAAGGCUCUUCAGAGUCACUUGAUAAGUCCAAAAACCAGUCAGGAUUUUUAAUGCCAUGCCUAAUACUCCUAUUCGUAUUGAUUAUAUGAAUAUGUAUUGCAGUAAUAAUGCUAAUACUAUUAUCAAAGCUUGGAUUUGAGGAUUGGAUGUUGCAUUAAUCUGCUUCAUUCAGCAAUCUCUUUUGCUGAAGUGUAAAGGUGCGGUCACAUUGGCGAAGUUUCGCUGGCAAAAAAAGGUUCAUUGUCUAUUGUCAAUAGUGUAGCGAUAUAUGAAGCACAGCUUACGCAGAAGUUACUUUCAAACCAAGAUGAUUUCUUUUAAUCGACGCUGUGAAUCCAUUGCGAAAUCAGUCUGGGGAAAGCUCUCGCCUUCUUACGAAAUUCCCAAUCGUGUGGAUUCCUAGUAAAAUUACUGGAUUUCGCCUGCAAAAAUUUGCCGAACAACGAUAAAUGUGAUCGCACCUUUACAAGGAAUUUGUGUUGUUUCUGGAAACAUGAUGUCAACCACGUUUUUGUCAGGUUUUGAUAGUUUUUCUUCUACAAAUCGGUACUUUUAAUGAAACUUGCGAAUAUGCUGGAUGACAGUUUUUUGGUGGAAUACAGUUAUCAUGUCAAACACGACAAGUAUCAGCAGACAACUUUUGUAAGAGAUUAAGUAUUUAUUUAGCAUUAAUAUUCUACAUUUAUUAGAUGUUAACAGUAAAUCAUUUAUUCGUCCAUUAGACUUCUGCAGAUCUGUGCAACAACAAAUUCAGACAGUCAGGUAUGAGAAGGCCAUAAAGGAAGGACUGUGAAUCGCAUCUAAAUCAAAUGUUAUAGAAGAAUACAUGCAGAAUGCCACGAAUCUGUGAUCCUAUACAAAAAGGGAGCAGGUAAAGAACAAAAGAGGUUUAGUUUUUUUUAUUUAUAUUGUAUAGUGUGGUUCACACAGUAUUCUGUUCUGUCUAAAUCAUUUUUGGCUCAUGUACAUUAAGAUAUCACAAACAUCUUGGUUUUUUGUUUAAACAGCAUUUCAAGUAUUUCAUAUUCAAGUGCUGGAAUGUAGUGCUGGGCGGUAUACCGGUUCAUAUGGUAUACCGGUUUCAAUUUCGAGACCGAUAUGUAUUUUUCAAAAACCGCCAUACCGGUGUGUAGCUGAAACAGCUGCUGUCUCUAUUCACUGGCCAUGAAGCGCUAUGUAGAGCGUAUAGAGAGCGGACUUCUGUUAACUGCACACCCUUUUUACACUAAUAGAAACAACUUUAUAACACAACAAUAAAUAACUCACAAAACGAUUUCUCUUUAAUACUGCAAAUACCAUGUAGAGCUAUAUGAUUUCCGCGAUGCAGAAAACACGGAUGAAAUCACAGAAUCCAGUCACAAAUAGAACUUACUGUAUAAAGCUGAACGUCACAGAAUUUGGCAAUUUUUGAAUGAAUAAAUCAAAAGUCGGGCUGUACAAUGAAUCAGAUAUCGAUACGGACUAGUGUCUGUGAAUAUUAAAGCUAAAAAAGACUGCUAUUGAAAUUUAAAGUUUGUAUGAAUGAACGCCGCAUUUUCGUCUACUACUACUACACAUACUGAAGCACGCGUGACGCUCGCGAUGAUUUCAGUGUCUGCUCUCUCAUGAACUUCAUCUGCAGAGCUGCUCUUAGGGUCACUUUAUGAACGUUUCACCGUUUAAUUUGAUAAAACUAUCGACAUUUGUCGUAUCAUAUACACAGGAAGUCAAAGGUCUUCACGACCCUGUCAAAAUAAAAGUUCGGUAUAACUUGAAAUAAAAGAAAUAUACUAUUGUACACUCGAGUAUACUUUAAUUAAUAGAGAUAAUAAUAAUAAACACCGUUUAUUAAAACAAACUCAAAGGUCUUCAUUGAAAUGGCAGAAAUUGCACAGUAAAAAUGUAGCCUACUUAUUAAUAUUAUUAAUUUAAUUAAAUAAAUUAUUUGAUUACAUUUUAAACUAAAUUGUUAGCUUUAUGAACUGAUUUGAUUAAAAUUAAUUUUUAAUUGUCCUUACAAUGUUUAUAUAAUAUAUUCCCUGUACUCCUGACAGUAAAAUAUGCCAAAAUAAAGGUCCAGUGCCAAAAACUGUGACAUACCGUGAAACCGCCAGAAUCUUAGAAAAAAAAAAAAAAAACCGUGAUAGAGAUUUUUGGUCAAACCGCCCAGCACUACUGGAAUGAUUGCCAUCAGUCGUCGUUGUUGUUGUUGAAGCUCUGGUUAAGAGAGGAAAAUAAUGCCAGGAAUUGUUCGUGACAACCUACCAAACCUAAAAGCACAGUUUUAUAGAGACAUUUCACCUUAAAUGGCUUGUAUACUUGAACCAUAAGCAAACUUUCAAUUAAUCUGCAAAUAUCCCAAAGGAAUUAUGCAUUCAUAAGUUCUUGAUUGAAUAUGGGAGGUUUUUUUUUCCCCUUGCAGAAUGACAGCAGGCUUUCCUCACCCUCUGCCCUCCAUAAUAGCAGCAUGUCAGCCUGUCAAUAUUUCAUAAACUUUGCUUCAAGCCAAAAAUGUUGCAUUCAGACAUUUGAGAAUUCAUACACUGUUGUGCAUUGUUUUUCCCACACCACUUAUCUUCUUUCUUGUCACCUGAAAGGGAAUUUUGUGUUGCUUAUCUUUUCUUUAAUGAGGGCUUCAGAUUUUCAGUCAAUGGAAGCUCAUAUUUUGUGAGAGUUAGUGGUUUAUGUGCAUUACUUAAAUGAUGCUGGGAUAAAUUUGACAUGAAAUGGUUUUGCAUGUACACUGUCCUCAUACAAGUCGGCACCGGUUGGCUUUAGACUACAUUGGGAUAAUCAGCAAAUGGGAGCUUAUAAAUGUCUCUUUAGCUGGCAUAUUGAAUGUGUGUGAAUCAGAGCCAGAACUUUCUAUUUGCGGUUUUCACACCACACAUGGUCUAAGGCUUUUAAGGGCCUUUUUUAAAAAGUGCCAACUGGCGUUCACAGAAACUGGUGAACAAUGCCGCAGAAAGUAUUCGUGAGACACCUUGGGGAGACUUUGAAGGUUAGCUGUCAAAUAAACACAGUUUGCCAUCUUUAAUAUUCAUUAGUGAAAACAUAACCCGUAGAGUUCAUUCCUUCAGCAAAAAAAUGUGUUGUAUGUAAUGCGUAUGAGGGAACAGUUUGAGAUGGAAAUUGCUCCUUUACACACAUGGAAGCUUAUUUUAAAUGCUGUAUCUAUGUGUGUUUUGGUAAAGAAUAUGAUCUUUGUUUAUUUGCUGUAUUUGAAUGGGCAAAAUUGUAAUUUUCCCAUUAAAUGAAGGGUUUUCUUCAAAUCUGUUGUUGGAUGUCAGAAGAAUCAUCUAAAUUGUGUGUGUUUGAGAGUGAAAGAAUGUGGAUGAGUAAGCAACAAAAAGAGGAAUGUCUUAGGCAAGGCACAAGAUUUUCAAUUCGUUGAAAAUGCAUUUACCAGAAUGUGGAAGUUGACUAAUGCAAAAAAUAAAUGUGAACUGAAGUGUUUGACCGAAAUGUACUUUGAAUUUUUGUUUAUUUUUUUUUCCCAGAUGUGUGGCAUAAUUAGAUAAACACUGAAAAUGUUCAGUGUGUGUGAGCAUGUGUUUUGAAAAAGAAAAAAAGUUGCCGGGACUGUAUCAUGUUCAAUAUCAUUUUCAUGACCUUGUUUGUAUGUCGUUAGAUGUUGCUUGUUCGGAUUGCUGAAGUAUUUUGAACCGAUGACAGUUGAGCACUUAACAAGCUUCACUGAAAUAUCUAUUUUUCUGAUCCAUGUUCUGUUGUCCUUGUGCUGCGAAUGAAGGUGAAUGUUUACAUGAUGUAUUUAGUACAAAUUAGUUUCUCUUUGUUUAUAUCUCUUUCUUAAACAUCUUGGUACAAUUUUACAAAUGUAUUUCUUUAAUGUGUCAUACACAUUUGUGCUGCUUUACGAUUAUGAUUGCCUUUUUAAUUACAAAAUGGGGGAGAUAGAAUGUCACCUAGAUAUAGGCCUAUGUAUUCACAAUGACUUUGGUAUAGUCAUGAGAAAGUCAGAUGCAAAAAUUGUAGUCAACGUUUUUAGUUAGUGAUAAUAAUGCUCUGAAUUCAGUCCUUUUUGUUCAAAAGGGUCUGCUCACUCCAGUUUACAUGGUCAGUUUUCCAAAGUCAGUACUUGUAUGUUGUUAAUUUGAUUUAAUGAAAGUACCAAUAGUGUUUUCUUGCACAUUUGGAUACAGUUAAAACAUUUUUGUAUCUGCUGGUAUAAAUUAUGAAUAAAAAAACCUAUUCAAA